CACAAGGCGGCGUUGCUCUUCCAGGCUCACAGUGGCAGGGAGAUGGGCGGCACUUUGGCCCAGAACUGAGUUUCCACUGGCGCUUCGAAAAUCAGGAAAACCGCUGGAUUGUCUUUGGCCUGUGGAAGUCUGAUUUGUGGCAGUUGUUGUCUUCAUUUCAAAACAGUCCAGGUGGUGGCCUACAACCCUGCCAGAAGGACUCCACACACCUUGGCUGGACCUUCUCCUCAUCAGUUUUGGAUUCUGCUUAACAGCGGGGACUACUACUUUCAUUUUCCCAUUUAUGGAUUAUAGCGUCAUUUUCAGAUUCAUGAAUAAUUCCUGUGCAACAGAAUCAGCAAAAAUGGAGUAUGACGAACUGGUUGAAUAUGUCCUAUGGCAAAAGCUGGACAUGAGGAGUGGGUACACAAUAUGUAAAACAAUACAGGCAGCCGCCUCCUCCUAAUCUGGGACAAGCAUCUAGGAUCAGCUGAGGUCGUCACUAUGGUGACCUUUGCUGAGACGACACAGGUCUCCCCUAUGGAGCUACGUGAGCCGCCCUGCCUGACUGCGACUCUGUCCCCUGGGCUGCGACGGAAAAAGAUGCUGUGGCAGAAUGCUGUAAAACACAUCAUGAUCCAGCAGGAGCUCAGCGCCCAGGUUGGUGUGGAACCAGCACGCAAAAUCUUUGUGACGGACACCUACAUGGAGGAGAUCAACAGACAAAUCCGCAACAAGGCCUCACGAGGGGUCACGAAACGCCGCUCCUCCACAGUCAGAGUCCACCCUACCCAGGCCCGCAGUUCCACCAGCACACGCAGCAGCAUUGGAGGUUCUUUUAAUGACUAUGCCAGCGAUGCAGAUUUCUUUGUGCACUGGGGUCACACUAUUCGUGGUGUCUACAUACCCACCCUGGGUCACACCUUUAGGUCUUGUGACCUGGAGAAACUCUACCAGCAACACUCCUCUCACCAAAGACGCAACUCUUUAGCUAUCACAAAUGUAAUCGAUGCUGUGGCCAAGCUACAUGUGUUGGUUCUGUACCUUGCACUGGCCCCAGAAACAGUCACGGACACUGUGCGUGGCUGCCUGACGGGCGUUUUCAUGGUCUUAGCCAUAGCAUUGUGCCUAGUGGUGUUAACCUGCAAAGACUCCAUGUCCCCGCGGUGGCUCCACUAUGCUGGCCUAGCUAGCUGGCUGUCACAGACCACGCAGGUGUUGGGAGGACUGGUAUAUGGACUAGAAAAGGACCCGUCAUGGUACGUUUUGUUCACAUUGUUCGCCACAUACACGCUGCUGCCGUUACCUCUGCUGUGGGCCAUGUGCGCCGGCUCCCUAACCUCAGUACUGCACCUUCUGGUGGAGAUAUUGCGCUACUACAAUGAUGCAGUGCUUUUGAAAAAGGUGUUUGCCAAAGGGCUGCUGUACCUGGGUAUGAACACAGCUGGCUUGUUCAUCCACUACCUGACAGACCACGUUCAGAGACAGGUGUUCCUGGAGACACGACGCUGUAUUGAGGGUCGCCUAAAACUAGAGCAAGAGAACCAGAGACAGGAGCGUCUGGUGCUGUCGAUCCUGCCUCGCUUUGUUGCCUUGGAGAUGAUUGCUGACAUGAGCUCUUUGGAAGAUGAACUCAAUCCUCAGGAGUUUCACAAGAUCUAUAUCCACCAGUACAAAGACGUCAGCAUCCUUUUUGCAGACAUCAAGGGUUUCACUCUGCUGUCCAUGAACUUGUCGUCACAGGAUCUGGUUCGAACCCUUAAUAAGCUCUUUGGACGCUUUGAUCGACUGGCAGAGGAGCACCACUGCCUGCGAAUAAAGUUACUGGGAGACUGUUACUACUGUGUGUCAGGGGUCCCUGAGCCACAGCGAGCCCAUGCCCGUCACUGCGUUGAGAUGGGCCUGGCUAUGAUCAACACUAUACGGUGUGUACGGAAGCAGUUAAACUUUGACCUGGACAUGAGGAUCGGGAUCCACACAGGAUCCGUCUUAUGUGGGGUGCUCGGGCUGCAGAAAUGGCAGUUUGACGUCUGGUCCUGGGACGUGGGCAUCGCCAACAUGCUGGAGGCCGGGGGAAUACCAGGCCGCAUCCACAUCUCGAGGGCGACUCUGGACAGUCUACAGGGCACCUACAAGACAGAGGAUGGUCAUGGCCGUGACAGAAACGAGUUUCUAAGGAGACACAGCAUCGACACUUUCCUCAUCUGCCCUCAGGAGGAAAGGAACAAUGUUGACCACACUGAGCCCCCCAAAGUUCAGAAAACAAAUCGAACUUGGAACCCUGAGAUACUUUUCGGGAACGUCACUGACAUGAACAGUAUCCUGGCCUCCUUUACAAACGGUUCGCUUCCCAACAUCUGGCAGUCCACCUCCAAAGAGAUCAACAAACGCAUCAAACAUGCUAUAGAGGUUCGAAGCAGUGAGCGAAUGCACAAGGAGCACAUCACGCCACUGACCCUGGUGUUCAAGGACACACACAUUGAGGACAAGUUCUCCCAGAUGAGAGACGAAAUGUUCAACUCCAACUUGGUCUGUUCCUUCAUCAUGCUCCUCUUUCUCAUGGCUGCCCAGGCCCUCAUCUCUGCACCCAGGUUGUUCCCAGCCAUCCUCCAGUUUUCAGUCUUCCUCCUCGCCUACAUGCUGCUGCUGCUGUUGGCCCUGGCUGAAGAGUUCAAGUGGACUCCUCCAGCACUGCAACACUUCUGCUGCUGGAUGCAUGAAAACAACAGUGCCCGCAACAUCCUUACCCUCACUGCCAUCAUCAUCAACUUUGGCUUGGCCUCUACUGACAUGGUAUGGUGUAUUCUCACAAACACAGUAGAGGCUGACAUGAUGGACAGAACCGGCACAGCCUCUCGUCCUCUCACUGUCUGCACCUACCCUGAGAUUUUUGUGUUGAGUGGUGUGAUCGCCAUGGUGACCUGUGCCGUGUUCCUGCGUCUAAACUCUCUGCUCAAGUUGGCGGUCUUGCUGCUGGCGGUGGCUGUAUACUCCUACCUCAUCCACCUGGCCUUCCUCGCACUCGCACGACAUGACAUGCUGCACAGGUCUCACUAUGUCAGGAGGAAAGGAAUCUCCAUCCUUCUCAUGAUGAUGUUCAUUGUUGCUGUCUUCUACAAUGGACGACAGUGGGAGGCCACUGCCAGGCUGGACUUCCUGUGGCGUCUGCAGGCCCAACAGGAAGUGGAGGACAUGAGAGAGUUGCAGGAACACAACGAGUGUUUGCUGCACAACAUCCUGCCUGUGCACGUAGCGCGACAUUUCCUGGACCGGAGCAAGAAUGACGAGGAGCUGUACUCCCAGUCCUAUGAUGAAGUGGGUGUUAUGUUUGCCUCCAUCGCUGGGUUCAAUGAGUACUUUGAGCAGAAAGAGAUCAAACAUGAAGGAGUGGACUGCCUCCGACUGCUGAACGAGAUCAUUGCUGGCUUCGAUGAGUUGUUGGAGGAGUCGUACUUCCACUACGUGGAGAAGAUCAAGACCAUCGGGAGCUGCUACAUGGCCGCCUCUGGCUUAGCUCCAGACAGAGAGGUGUCCAUGGAUGAAUGGAACCACCUGAGUGAGCUGGUUUUGUUUGCGUUGGCAAUGCAGGAGACCUUGAAAGAGAUUAAUAGGCACACUGCCAAAAACUUUCAGCUGCGUGUGGGCAUUGCCCAUGGGCCGGUGGUCGCAGGUGUGAUCGGUGCCACCAAGCCGCAGUAUGACAUCUGGGGGUCAACGGUGAACCUGGCCAGCCGCAUGGACAGCACAGGUGUUAGCGGACGCAUCCAGGUACCUGAGGCCACGCGCAGGAUCCUGGCAGAAUGGGGCUUUGUCCUGGAGCUACGUGGAGAAAUAUUUGUCAAAGGGGUGAGCGAGCAUCAGGGGAAAGUACGCACGUAUUUCAUCAGCACCAUGCGCAGUAAGACGAACAACACUGCAACAGAUGGCCGCAUGAGGGGGCGGACAGCAGGACGCCUGACACUGGCAGGAGUGGUGUUUGGUCUCGUCCAGGCCAGACACAAGGAAAAGAUGAGGGAGACCAACAGGGGGUUCAGCCUGACUCCCUGCACCCUGCAAUGCGGAGGGGACUGUUAGGGUCAGAUGACUGCAGGUAGACGAGGACACAGUCCAGCCAUAUUGUUUCUACUGGUUUACACUUUUUACACUUCUCUUAUUUCAUACCUUGCCAUAACAAAAUUAGCUGCACACUGGUCAUAGGAUCCAGUUCCCCCCCCCCCCACAACUGUGUCCUCCUCAGCUUUCCUGUCAUCUCAAAAAGAUAUGAUAAAGGUUUUGGACAGUAUUGUGCUUAAUCCACACAUAUUGGAACUCAUCCAAACGCCUGGAGUCCUGAAGCUGAGAUUUAAUCAUUGAACAAUAGAGUGGUGUGUUCUGACUGUACUACCAGCUUCUCUUACAGUAAGUCUUGUAUCUUGAGAGCAUCGCUUUCUGUUUUUUAUUGCCAUAUCUACACAUUGUGAGCACUGUUUUCAGUUUUUAAGUUCAUUUUCUACAAAGCUAACAAAGGCCAACAUGUCUUUUUUUUUUUUUCUUUUUUUUUUUGCUGUUAUGAUACUCCAGCAAGUCCUCUGACCUCUACGCCAAAACGAAGAAUACCUCAAAACAACCACCUCAACCUUUCAUAGACUACCAAUGGCCUAUACAAUACUAACUAGUGUUUUACUGUCUUAUCAUGCAUCAUUGUUACAAUUUUCGAAUACAGUUCAUGUUGUGAGUUUGUGCAUUAUUUCUCUGUUGUCCCAAAAAUUUCUAAAUAUCUCUUUCAGAAGGACUUGAUUUCAAUAAACAGACAGUAAUGCAGUUAAGUUUAAUAUUGUACCUCCAUUUUCUGUCAUUUCUUUCCAUAACUUCCGCUGAGAAGGUAUUUUUCAUCAGUUUUCAUGCCACUGUCAAUAUUGCUCUGGAUUUCUGAGAUCUGAACAUCUGAACAUGACAAAUCACACCAUAGCCAAUUCAGUUUUGCCUUGGUACACUGUGAUUACCCUCACUUCAGUUACUUUGCUACAGUUAUGUUUCCAUCGUAGUUACCAUAAUGCCAAAAACACUACUCAGGUCACUUUUGCAGGAUGGUAUAAUAUUUUUUUACUGUAGGCCUGAAUCAUAUUGAUGCUGUCAUAUGAAAACCACAUGAAUCUGAAUUGAGUUUCUUUUUGUUUUAAAAGUAAACAUUGAAUUCCUCUAUGGGAUUUCCAGAGGACUUACUCAGUUACUGGUAAUAUCAAACUUUUUAAAAUGUAAGUAAACCUAAAGGGUAUGGUUGAAAAUUCAUGAACCCUUCAAAAUGUAAAUAAAAGUAACCAAAAGUCUUUAUCAAUGUAUGUAAUAUACUGGACUGGGCCUUUAAAAAAAGGCUGUGUUUUCUUAAAGUUCGGUCAUUCUGGAAAUCUAUUCUGUAACAGUCAAAUUGUAACAUUUUGUUAUUUAUUUUUCUUAGGUAUAUUAUGUUUAUUUUUUAAUAUUUUAUACAAAAACAUUUAAUAGCAAACAAUUUCUGCUAAUAAAACCAGUAACAACCAUAAAA